AAGACUCCAUGGCCCAAUGGAUAAGGCGCUGGUCUACGAAACCAGAGAUUCUGGGUUCGAUCCCCAGUGGAGUCGACUAUUUCAUUAUUUUUGUACCGCCAUUAUUUUUUCCCUUUUUCUUAAAAAAAAAAGGCAAAAAGUACUUUCUUCCCACCUAUCCUAAAAAUCUAGGACAGAAGUUCCACGACCUCAAACCGUCCACGUGUACUCCAACGAGUGGCUAAUCAAAUUCUUUCAUAUAAAAAGAUAAUCCACCAGAAAAAACAAAAAACAAAUAAACUAAAAAAAAAAACCUCACAAAAUUCUCAAAUAAUCUUCACCAAUGGCAAUUUCUCCCUCAAAUUUGUUCUACCCACUUCAAAACACCACCAAAUUCACCAUUUCCAAAGCUUUUCACCAUUUUCUCUCUCCUCCAAAGCUCAUAAUCCUCCAUUCCUCUGCUUUUCCUUCCCCUGUUUUAGAAGAAGAGCCUUCCCCUGUUUUACCCCUUGUUGAAUUUACCUAUAAUAAUCCAAAUUCUGAUCUCCAACCUCUAAAAUCAGAUGAAAAGAACAUAAAUCAACUAAUUAGAGAGCUGUUGAAGGAUCCAAGGACUGAAAAUCUGGGGUUGGAGUAUUAUGAGAAGGCGAAAGCGGGUUCGGAAUUUCAUCCACAAAAAGCAACCAUCAAGGCUUUGUUAAGGUACUUAGUGAAGUCAAAGAAAUGGGAUUUGGUUUCAAUGAUGUGUAAAGAUAUUAAAAAGUGGGAAAUUUUGCCUGAUAUUUUUUUUUGUGCUAGAUUGGUUAGUUCUUGUAUUAAAGCUAGGAAGUUUAAAGUUGCUGAUUUGUUGUUAGAAUGCUUUGAAUUUGAACAAAAAGUUGCUUCUUUUGCUUAUGAUUCUGCUUUGAGAAGCUAUAAUAAGCUUCAUUUGUAUGGAAUUACAAUUGAAUUGUUUGAAAAGAUGAGAUUAAAGGAGAUUGUUUUGGAUCCUGGAGGUUAUGUUUUGGUUAUGGAAGCUUAUAUGAAAUUGGGGAAUUUCAAGAAAGUUGUUGAGGUUUUUAGUGAAUUGGGAGAUAUUAAUAAGGUUGAAAAUGUUGAUAAUUUGUCUAAGAUUUACGGGGUUUUGAUAGAUGCAUUGGGGAAAUCAGGGGAGCCUUUGAAAGCUCUUGAGCAAUUUGAGCUAAUGGAUGAGAAGGGGAUUCCUGUGAAUGCCUCAAUUUACGCUUCGUUGAUCGGUUCGUUGGCCGAAGAUAAAGAGAUUGGUGUGGUUGAGAGACUCGUUGAGGAAGCGGAAUCGAAUCGAAUGUUGAAGGAUCCAGCAUUGUUUUUAAAGCUGGUGGUCAUGUAUGUUGAAGAAGGUUUGUUGGAGAAGACCUUAGGUGUUGUGAAGAAGAUGAAGGCGGCCAAUCUGAAGAUUUCUGAUUGUAUUUUUUGUGCAAUUGUUAAUGGUUAUGCCAAAAAAAGAGGGCUUAAAGAGGCAGCAAGAGUGUACCAAGAGCUUACUUUAGAAGGGUGUGAGCCGGGGCAAGUGACAUAUGCAUCUAUAAUCAAUGUUUACUUUCGUCUUGCGUUGUUUUACAAGGCUAAGAUUGUGUUUAAUGAGAUGCAACAAAGGGGCUUCGACAAAUGUGUGGUGGCUUACUCGACUAUGAUUGCGAUGUAUGGUAAGACGGGGCAAUUGAGAGAGGCGAUGACACUUCUAGCCAAGAUGAAAGAGAGAGGGUGCGAGCCUAAUGUAUGGGUGUACAAUACGCUUAUUGACUUACAUGGGAGGGCGAAAAAUAUGAGGCAAGUAGAGAAGUUAUGGAAGGAGAUGAAGAGGAGAAGGGUGAAACCUGAUCGAGUGAGCUACACUAGCAUUAUAGGAGCUUACUCUAGGGCGCAAGAAUAUGAAACUUGCACUGUGUUCUAUGAUGAAUAUCGAACAAAUGGUGGAGGGGUCGAUCUAGCUUUGGCCGGGAUGAUGGUGGGUGUCUUCUCAAAGAUCAAUAGGAUUGAUGAAUUGAUUAAGCUAUUGCAAGAUUUGAAAGCCGAGGGAAUUCAGUUAGAUACUAGACUCUAUAAAUCCGCUUCAAAUGCUUUGAGAGAUGUUGGGUUAGAAAUGCAAGUUAGAUGGUUGGAAGAGACGUUUGGGAGGCCUUCCAUGAUUUUGAAUAGUGGGAAAAUCAGAAGGCCAGUUCCGUUUUAAGCAUAAAGCAUUCAAGAGCAAGCAGUGUAAGUAACAAUAUAUUUUGUUGUACAGAAUUUAUGCAGCUGUAUAAUGUUAAUGAUCAAUGCAUAUUAUACGUAAAUAUCAUGAUGUGUAGAGCUGUUUGGUACAUAAUAAGCAUUACCUGAAUCACCGUUAUGCAUCAAUGAGAGCUAGAUUGAGUGGAGAAAA